AUGACCACGCCAUCGCCGGUCAACGGUGCCUGUGGGUGUCCGGUCGGCUCAGUCUGGGCCUCCAACAGUACCUUCACAGGGUGUCUCCCCUGCUCAGACACAUCGGUCUCCCAGGCUCAGUGUCUUUCUCCCCAAUGCGCGACAUUCGUUUGGUCCAUUUUCGGAAAGGCGAAGUUCUGCACUUCCUGCGCGCUUCUCGGAGGCACAGUCAGACCCAACAACACCUGCAUCUGCGCCAACGGCUCCUACUGGGACAGCGCCACCAGCUACUGCUACGACUGCGCCAGCGCUACUGCUGUCUUCUGCGGGAAGAUGGCGUCCUGCAGCCAGUACUACCUCGACUCCAAGCAGACCUGCCAGCCGUGCGGCAGCACUACCACCACUAGAGUUUCUGCCACUCCUCAAACGGUCUGCACUUGUGCAAGUGGAUUUUCGUGGUCCGCGUCCAGCGCCUCCUGCAUAAAAAGCACCUGCACCAGUUCGCAGUAUAAUAUGAACGGGGUCUGCACCGAGUGCCCCACCCUCAACGUCCUGCAGAGCAGCAAGAAGUCAGUCGCCAAUGGCAGCGUGUGCGUCUGCUUGAGCAACUAUCAGUUCUUUUCUUCGGGAGGCACUUACGUGUGCGGCUGCGAUGCUACUUUAGGAUCGUUCGACCUAGGAAACCAAGCUGGCUGUACCACCUGUCAGAAGAUAGCUGGCGCUGUCUCCUUCGACCCUGCACUCAGCCAGUGCAAGUGCAUCGCAGGUUCUUCUUGGGACUCGCCUAGUUCGAGUUGCAAGUGCAGUACUGCCAAUAGUUACUUUAAGUUCGGAACUCUCUGCACCUCCUGCACAGACCCAUCCGUAAAUGGACUUUUGGUGAGUCCGUCGGAUGCCACUGCCUGCACCUGCGAUACUCUGUUCGUCUGGAGUGCUACGCUUUCGCAGUGCAUCUGCAAGACUGCUGGCCAGUACUACAACACUGCCUCCAAGAGCUGCAAGGCCUGCACCUCCUCCACGAUUGUGAACUUCAACCAGUGCAAGUGCGGCGCCAACCAGUAUUGGGACCCCAUCGGCCAAAACUGUGUCUGCACCAGCGGCAGUAUCAGCAUUAACCUCGGGUGCCUGUCCUGCACGCUAAUACCCUUCGGAGUGGCUCCAUCCCCUGACGGGAAGAGCUGCACUUGUCAGACCAACUGGGUCUGGAACAGCACCAAAAACGCCUGCGUCUGCAAGGCCAACUUCAAUUGCGACUGUUCUUCCCUCCCGGACACAGGCUUCUCUGCUACAAGUCUGGGCUGCGUCCCCUGCAGCACUCUUGACGCAGCUAAUGCUCUGAGCACAUGGCCAGCUGGACAGACCCAGUGCGGCUGCAACAGCAUCAAGUACGUCUGGCAACUCUCCACGAGCAAGUGUGUAUGCAACAACAACAAUGCCAGCGUUCCUGCGAUUCUGGUUGGCACUACCUGCGUGCUGUGCGACCGGGCCGUUAGCUCAAUCGGCAGCAUCAACGGAAGUAUUCCCUCCUCUUCCUGCCGCUGCUUCCCCAACUACCUAUGGACGGCCACAAAGUUCAGGUGCACCUACAACACGAAGGGCACAGGAGUGGUCAACCUCGCCAUCUCUGGAGGACCCACUGACAAGACUUGCAGUGCGAUACUCACUGCCGCUGUGAGUGCGUCCGCCGUCGACAACUUUAACUGCCUCUGCGUGUCCAAGACUUCCAUAUUCAACGACCUGACUGGAAAGUGCGUUUCAUGCGGAACUCUGGGUUCCCUGAACAGCGUGACAUGCAAGUGCGCGACUGGCCAGGCCUGGAGCAUCCUGAUGAUGAAGUGCAUCAGCUCUUCGCCUCCCGGUGGACUGUACGACAACCCCUCCUACGCCAAGUGCGUGCAGACCGUCGGCCUCGCCAGCGCCAACCUCCUCGCCUUCACCUUCACCUCCGCCGACAGCAACCAGGUCAUCGUCUCCGGAGAGAGUGACUUCGCCGCCCUUGCGAAUCAGUCCCCGCUCUACGCUCCCUUCGCAGCCUUCAAGUGCGACUGCGCCGCCGGCUACGGCUGGAACUCAGCCAGGAGGAGAUGCUACUCCGUUGCUCUCACCAACACAUAUUGA